ACUGUGGUCCAGAGACGUUCUGAUUACAUACAGCCUUUCUUUAAAAAACAAAAAACAAAAUAAGAAACAUUCAGAAGUUUCCAAGUGCCCCUGACGUCUUGUCCGUGGGAAGAGUAGGGGAGCAAAGGGCCGGCACUGACUUCUGAGAAGCUUGUCUGAACUUCUCCCCACUGUGCAGCCCCUGGAAGUGUUCUCAGACGAGCAGAGAGAAACGGUCUCAGAGAGGAGCCCGGGCCCCAGUGGACUUCCUGCCGCCUCUUGGCCACUGUGCUUGGGACGCGUCUCCAGGCCCUGAGCCUUGGAGCCCCAGGAUGUCCAACCCCUUCCUGAAGCAAGUCUUCAACAAGGACAAGACGUUCCGGCCCAAGCGCAAGUUCGAGCCGGGCACGCAGCGGUUCGAGCUGCACAAGCGGGCGCAGGCGUCCCUGAACGCGGGGCUGGACCUGCGGCUGGCCGUGCAGCUGCCCCCGGGGGAGGACCUGCACGACUGGGUGGCCGUGCACGUGGUGGACUUCUUCAACCGCGUCAACCUCAUCUAUGGCACCGUCAGCGACGGCUGCACGGAGCAGUCCUGUCCGGUCAUGUCAGGUGGCCCCAAGUACGAGUACCGCUGGCAGGACGAGCACAAGUUCCGCAAGCCCACGGCGCUGUCCGCCCCCAAGUACGUGGACCUGCUGAUGGACUGGAUCGAGGUGCAGAUCAACAACGAGGACCUCUUCCCCACCAGCGUCGGCACACCGUUCCCCAAGAACUUCCUGCAGGCGGUGAAGAAGAUCCUGUCGCGGCUGUUCCGCGUGUUCGUGCAUGUCUACAUCCACCACUUCGACCGCAUCGCCCAGAUGGGCGCCGAGGCGCACGUCAACACUUGCUACAAGCACUUCUACUACUUCGUCAGGGAGUUCGGCCUCAUCGACACCAAGGAGCUGGAGCCGCUGAAGGAAAUGACCAUGCGAAUGUGCCACUGAGUGCCCCGACCACCCCCGGGCCUGUCCACCACCACGGAGGUGCCAUGUGGACCCGCACAUGCUCGGAUGAUGACGGUUUUGGACGUCCACGUCUGUUUUUCUAACCCAAGCGCCUCAGUGGACUUGGCCUCCAUUGUAGCCCGGACAUCCUCGACUGGGCCACUGCAUUUCCGUCUCCCUCCUGUUCUCAAGUGGCCGCCGCGGGUCCCAGCCUUCCUGAGCCUCGGUCUCCUCAUCAUUCCCACGAGGAGGUGGAACUUGAACCCUCACCCUGUGUGUCCUCUGACAGUAAAUGGAAAAACCCACUUUGCUUUUAAACCACUUGCUUUCGCCAGGAGGCUGGAGAGCUUCCCCAGAGUUGCUUCCAGCACGUGGUCUCGCCCUCUGGGAAGUUCCGCCCCAAA